UGGCAAAAGCCGGGAAGAGACGGGGCAGACCACCCCGAAACCAGGCAAGGCUCGGUAUGCGCCUACAGAAUGCGGUUUAGUCGGUGGCACCGCCUGCCCAUACUACUGAUUCAAAUCAGCUCUCUACAUAGUAUAUCCUAUGUAGGCAUAUAUCAGAAGCACAGUGAAUGCUUCCUGACUGUCGCGCGACAGCGGACAGCGGAGGAAUCCUGGGGUCAACAAAUAAGCUGAUCACUCUACCCUGUCAGCCGCGGAUGGCCGUCAUCAGCAUCAACUGCAUCAACUGCCCUCAAUCUUGGUUAUCACAAUCAAGGUUACGAGAAAUCAUCCCGCUCGCUUCCAUUGGCCUCAUCAUUGGCGGACAAGAAGUACUGCCCAGACCUGACCCUCCGAUGCAUCAGGACAGUCGAGGGGUCACUGAAGCAAGUGGCUUGAGAGCUGUUGGUCGUGGGGGAUAUACUGCACUGGGGGUAUGUACUGUCAGUACUGUCACAUUCAGCCUGGUGCAUGUAUGGACCGGCCCUCCAUCACCGUCCGCCUCUCCAUCAGCAUUGACAAUGUGGUACGGCUGGUCUGGCGAGAAAAGAAAAAUAUCCCCCGACAUGCAAAGGGACAACAGGGCUCGAUGAACAUGUAUUUAUGCCUACGGACCUCCGGGCAGCUACGGUAGGGAGAUAGCUACGUAUCAUCCAUCCUGUCGACCUCGCUUUCCCUAUCGCUCCUUUCCCGACGAUAACAGAACGGACAGUGGUCGGCUUGAGGCAUAAGAUUGCAUCUGAAUGUCUACUUUACUACUGGCUGUAAGC